AUGAAGAGCCUCAUGAACAAGGCCGCGUCACCAUUCCUGAUCGCCACGAAGGACGACCCGACAUCGUCGGAAAUCGAUGAAAAGGACAUCAAGAAGAUCAAGAAGCUAGGUGAGGGCUGCUUCGGUGUGGUGUACAAGGGUGAGUGCUACUCCCUGCCCGUCGCCAUCAAGUUCCCCCAUGUGCAGCAACUCAGCAAGGAGGAGCUCGAAGACUUCCGAAAGGAAGUACACAUCAUGGCGACCAACCCUCACCCGCACAUCGUCCAAUUCAUGGGCGCCUGUACCAUCCCGGGCAAGUUCGCCAUCGUCAUGGAGCUGCUCGACGGCAACCUCGAGGAGCUGCUGUUCUCCGAGGAGGGCUCCAAGAUGCGCCUCUUCCAGCGCCUGGUGAUGGCCAAGGAGGCCGCCCUCGGCAUGAACCGCCUUCACAAGACCGAGCCCGCCAUCAUCCACAGAGAUUUCAAGCUCGAGAACCUCAUGUACAAGCGGACCGAUCAGACCUACAUCACGAAGGUGGCCGACUUUGGUCUGGCGGCGAUCAAGCCCAAGGCCAAGAAGACCAUCCGCGCCGAUCCCCGCGGCACUCCUCUCACCCGCGCUCCCGAGAUCAUGUUGGGCAAGCCGUUCAACCAGAAGGCCGACGUCUACUCGUUCGGCAUGACCCUCUGGGAGAUCGUCACCUGCAAGGAGCUUUUCCCUCACCACAGUGACUACGAUGAGUUUAUGGAGGCCAUCUGCGUGAAGGGCGAGCGGCCGCCCAUCCCCGGCAACUGCCUGCCCUCGCUCAAGGCCCUCCUCGAGGACCUCUGGGACGCCGACCCCGACCGGCGGCCCAACUUUGACGAGGUCAACGCGCGCCUGGACGAGAUCCUGGUCGAGGCCGCCAUCAGCGACGCCAAGGGCCGCGAGUUCUGGAAGAAGUACUUUCUGCGACAGCACCACGUCAAGUGGGACGAGUUCGUGGAGCGGUUCUACGCCUUCAUCGACCAGGACCUGCCGGAGGAUGCCGGCGGUCCCACCGCCGACACCCAGAUCCUCAACCUCCGCUGCCUCAAGGCCCUCGUCGCGGUGAAGAGGAAGGAGUCGGACAAGGGCGCGGGUGACGUGGAGAUCCAGCACUUUGGCGAUGUGGUGGCCUGGUUCAGCGGCAUGCGGGUGGUCAACCACUACACCAUCCUCGACCGGAUGCACAACCUCCUCAAGAACGAUUGGUUCCACGGCGACAUUUCGUCGUCGGAGGCGGCGCGUCGCUUGCAGAAGGGUCCGGGCGCGUUCCUGGUGCGAUUCUCGCAGAGCACGGCGGACUACGCCGGCGCGUUCACGGUGACGCGCAUCAACGAGAAGGGCGCGACGGUCAACAUUCGCAUCAACCAGGACAAGACCGGCGGGUUCUCGGUCAACAGGGACUCGACCUACCCCGACCUCGAGGUGCUGAUCCAGGACCUCAAGGACACCCUCUUCCUCAAGCACGCUUGCAAGGGAUCGAGGUUCCAGAGGAUCUUCGAGGGCGCGCACGACGACGACUUUAGCGGCUACGAGGUGCUGACCGAGGCCGAGGACACGUCCAGGGGCAAGGGCAGGCAAAAAAUAGAGAAGUUGGAGAAGGAGAACGAGGUGUUGGGUCGGCGACUGCAGAAGGAGGCCGAGCGGAGUGCGGCCGAGGCGCCGUGGGACGGACGCACCAUCCGACGCCACAGCGCCGGCGGACCCGAGGACUCCAUGCCCUCCGGCCUCACCCCGCGCUCCGCCCUCCUCCAGGGCCAGACCCAGAAGCAACAGCAGAAGAGCAAGCGCACCUCCUAA